GAUUGCCAAAUAAAGAGCUCACCUCAGACACCUCGAUCGACUUCCCUCGCUGGAAUUCCACCAGGGAACAUUUUGCCGUUAUUCCAGAAGAGAACCUGACUGUUAGUUUGACCAUAUUUGGAGAAAACCUUAAUCUUUGUUGGGAUGGAAAACAGACAGCGGUCAAGACGAACAAGGAAGACUGUCAAGCCUUGUCAGCUCACGAGGAGCACAAGAUCACACUGGAUUACGAGUCGCAGCAGAUCAAGAGAGCUGAUGGCCGCAUUCUCAGAACAGUAAAUAGUACCAAUGCAAAUAAAGAUGGCUUGAUGAAGAUGAAAUCUGACGGAGGCAAGGCCUGGGUUGUGCAGAUUCUGGGAGACUGGACUCAUCUUCAGGACCAAGACCAGAGCACGGGCAGCCAAAAUGAGUGUAAAAGCAACUGUGGUGGAAACAACGCAAUCCUGUAUGUUUUUCUGACUUUCUUCAUUAUUACAACCAUUGCUUUAUUCUGUUACCUUCUGCGUAUAAGGAGAAACUCGUCCAGAAGUCGAGCUUAUCCUGCCUCUCAUGUGCUUGAACUGAAUAGAGCCAAGGAGACCAUGACGGACGAAAAUCCUGGUAGCAUGGACUAUGGAGAAGAAACAAUUAAUGAUAUCUAUGGUUUUGAUGGUCAGUGAGACUAGAUGCUGUCUGACGAUAUACAAACAAAGGUAUUAGAUAUUAGGAAGGAAGUCAGGUCUUCCAAACUAGUAGUAUCCACUUGAUGAAUGGUGCCCUCAUCCAUAACAGACUGGGGUCGCCCUGUCGCAGGAUCCGUUUCCAUAGAUCUCCGAUCACACCAGACCGGCGAUGCCAAUGUUUAACAAAGUCAUAUGAUGGGGCAUCCUCUCCCUAAGUUGCCAUCAUUUCAUCUUUCAAGUAUAGAAAUAUGCUAUGAAUUAAGGACUGGACAUUAAAACAUAACCCAUAGAGAUAUGUAUCAUUAUGCAUGUGAAACAGGAUAAGCGGAAGGGGAUCAAGGGAAAUCUUUUGUAAGCGCCCCCCUGUAUUUUAUAUACAUAUAUAUAUGUGUGUGUGUGUGUGUGUAUACAUAUUCAUUUACAUUUACAUAUACGCAAUGGGUGCGCUCUUAACCCAAUGGUGCCGGGGAAAAUGAACAAAAAAUGGGGAAAAUAUUGUGCCCACUUUGUUUUUCGUAAAAGGUCUGCCGAUAGAUGGCUCUGCUAGUGCCUGAUUUAAAUGGCGGGAAAAACGUAUUUUUCACUAGUGCUAUGAAAAUCGAUGGUGUUAUUUUUAUGAUAAACAUUAUAAUUUUUAUAAUUUUUUUUAAACAUUAGUAACAGCAAAAUAAGAUUACGUAAAAUAUUUUGUAAAUCAAAGAAACGGGUAAACGGGCGAGACGGGCGGUGCUCGUACCUGGCUCAUUGGGGAGUUAGUACAAGUGUUGCCAUCUAUGCAUAAAAACAAUCAAACAAGUACUCACUGUGGGCAUGGAACGUACGUACACGUCAUACCCGGCACCAAGGUGUUAAAAGAUUUUCCUACAUAUAUGCAUGUGGAUACAUAUACAUAUCUUCAUAUACAUAUAUAUGUAUUUAUAUGUAUAUUUUGUGUAUAUAUAUAUUUAUAUUUAUAUGUAUAUAUGUAUACAUGUACGUAUUUAUAGAGAUAUAUAUGUAUAUAUGUAUAUGUAUUGUGUAUACAUACAUAUAUAUAGAUAGA